CGGUCACACUGCUGAAAAUUCCAUUAAAAAAAGCGAGAAAAAAAACGUAGCGAAAGAGAGAAAUUACGACGUCUGCAGGGCCGUAGCGAAAAAAACAGCGAAUACUAAAGACAGAGUGAAUAUGAUUGUUGUUUAGUGAAAGCAGCACUUUUGGAAACGGCUAGGUCAGCGGCGCAGGGCACGAAAGAAAGCAGCGGAGUCAGCGUUUAAAAAUCAAAGCAAAGCUAAGCAAAGCCAGCGGAAAGGAAAGGAAAGCGAAUCAAAGCUGGAAGGCGAUAAAGCGGCUCACCAGGCACUCCAACAACAACAACUACCACAAUAGCAACAACAACAGCAGCAACAACCACACAGCAGCAGCAGCAGCCAAGGAAAGUGCCAGAGUGUGAGUGAGUGAGUGAGCGUGCGAGCGUGUGUGUGCGUUUGUGUGUGGGCAGUGGAAACAGAACUGAGCCGUGCGAGAGAAAGAGAGAGAGGGACAGAGGAGCGGAGAGCGAGAGCCUUAGUGGAAGUGGGAGCGGGAGAGGAGCAGUCCGAUUCCGAAUCCCGGAAUAGAAACCAGGAAAAAGGAAACGGGAAGCAGUAGCAUCAGAACCGAAACCGAGACCAAAACCCAAACAGAAACGGAAACAGGAGUCCCGACCAUGUCUUCGAAUAACCAGAGCAGCAGCGUUGCCCAGGCGGCAACAAGUGCCCGCACCGCCAGUGCCGGAGCAGCGGAAGCCACAGAUGCCAAUAGUACCGCCUCGAACAACAACAACAACAACAACAAUAGCAGCAGUACCGCUGCAGCGGGCAACAACAGCGACAACAGCAGUCCCACCACUGGAACGGACACAGGCACGGGAACGGGAACGGGCACAGGAGCGAGCACUGGAAAGCUGCACGGCGGCCACACGGCAGUAAACACCAAGGAACGGGUGGUGGACAGCGUUCCCUUCCCGCCCAGCCAUAAGCUGACCUUGGCGGAGGUGUUCGACCAGCGGACGGGCAAGCCCAACCACGAGCUGCUCAAGCAGCACUUCAUCCUGGAGGGCAGAAUCGAGGAGGCGCCCGCUUUGAAGAUCAUCCAGGACGGAGCCGCCCUGCUGCGCCAAGAGAAAACGAUGAUCGAUAUCGAGGCACCGGUGACGGUGUGCGGCGAUAUCCACGGCCAGUUCUACGACCUGAUGAAGCUGUUCGAAGUGGGCGGAUCGCCAGCGAGCACCAAGUAUCUGUUCCUGGGCGACUACGUCGAUCGGGGCUACUUCAGCAUCGAGUGCGUCCUGUAUUUGUGGUCGCUGAAGAUCACCUAUCCGCAGACGCUGUUCCUGCUGCGCGGCAACCACGAGUGCCGGCACUUAACCGAGUACUUCACCUUCAAGCAGGAGUGCAAGAUCAAGUACUCGGAGCGCGUGUACGACGCCUGCAUGGACGCAUUCGACUGCCUGCCGCUGGCGGCGCUCAUGAACCAGCAGUUCCUCUGCGUGCACGGCGGCCUGUCGCCCGAGAUACACGAGCUGGAGGACAUCCGGCGGCUCGACCGCUUCAAGGAGCCGCCCGCCUUCGGCCCCAUGUGCGACCUGCUGUGGUCCGAUCCGCUGGAGGACUUCGGCAACGAGAAGAACUCGGACUUCUACACGCACAACUCCGUGCGCGGCUGCUCGUACUUCUACAGCUACGCCGCCUGCUGCGACUUCCUGCAGAACAACAACCUGCUGUCGAUCAUCCGGGCGCACGAGGCGCAGGACGCCGGCUACCGCAUGUACCGCAAGAGCCAGACCACCGGCUUCCCCUCGCUGAUCACCAUCUUCUCGGCGCCCAACUAUCUCGACGUGUACAACAACAAGGCGGCGGUGCUGAAGUACGAGAACAACGUGAUGAACAUCCGGCAGUUCAACUGCUCGCCGCACCCGUACUGGCUGCCCAACUUCAUGGACGUGUUCACCUGGUCGCUGCCCUUCGUGGGCGAGAAGGUCACCGAGAUGCUGGUGAACGUGCUGAACAUCUGCUCCGACGACGAGCUCAUGACCGAGGAGAGCGAGGAGCCGCUCUCCGACGACGAGGCGGCGCUGCGCAAGGAGGUGAUCCGCAACAAGAUCCGUGCCAUCGGCAAGAUGGCGCGCGUCUUCUCCGUGCUGCGCGAGGAGUCCGAGUCGGUGCUGCAGCUGAAGGGCCUGACGCCCACGGGCGCCCUGCCCCUCGGCGCCCUCUCCGGCGGCAAGCAGUCGCUCAAGAACGCCAUGCAGGGCUUCUCGCCCAACCACAAGAUUACCUCGUUCGCGGAGGCCAAGGGCCUGGAUGCCGUCAACGAACGGAUGCCGCCGCGGCGGGACCAGCCGCCCACGCCCAGCGAGGAUCCGAAUCAGCACAGUCAGCAGGGCGGCAACAAUGGGGCUGGACAUGGGUAAGCUGUGCCAUCUAGUGCGGCUGCAGGACGAGGAUGCAGAUGCUGAUGCAGAUACAGAUGCGGCACGGAGGAGUCUGGCGAGGAUUGGUCUGGAGAAGGGGCUAAGUGGAGCGGAGCGGAGGCAACACAAAGAACACCAACCGAACGGAACCUUAAUUAAACUUAAUGUGGCAGAGCAACAACUUAAAUACUAAAACCAAUUCUAAUUCUAAGUACUUGUCAUAACCCCCUGCAUUUCGUAUGUGAUCCCGCACCAGCUCCCUGCCCACGCCCAUGCCCAUGUCUAUGUCCAUGGCCCAGAGCCUCCAAACCGACGGCACGGAGCAGAGAUUUGUUUUUACGCAGGCGCGCGCACAUUGGAUAUUAGAAUUAUGUGUGGCAUACUUUGGCGCGCCGGCACCCAAGGAAAAUUCCCUUUCUCGAUAGCAGAAAACCAACCCAUAACGUAACCCAUAACCUAGCUUAAGUUGUAAUGUAUAAACUGAAAAUGGGCAGAUUUUAAAAAUGGAAAAUGAACAAAACCGCAAAUAAGCUAAAAAGCAAACCGAAACCCCUCCCUGCGAUAAUUUAAGAAGAAAAAGCGAAAAAACCCCAAAUCCCCAGCAGCAGGAAGCACUUUAUCUAAUUGAAGAGAUGGGAAAAAAUCCAGCGCUAAUCUGUUCCAAACAUUUAGCAGCGCCAAAAAGAAGCGUACAUAUAUGUAUACAUAUGAUUAUUUAGAAAUAUCGAAGCGUAGUGCCGAGAUGCAACCGAAAGUGUAAUGAAAUUUGAAAUGAGCAAAGGUCAUUUUUGUAAUAAUCGUAAUCCUUGAACUCUAGAAAUGUAAUCUUGCAUAGAAAACAAAAGAAAAAAAGAAACAAGCAAACAAUUUCGAAACCAUUUGCAAUAUGUGCCGCAAUAGUCCAUAAAUGUUCCUUAUACGAAUUAAACAUUGAAAGUGAAA